UCCGUCGUGGCCCUCGGAGCCAACAUCAUCUGCAACAAGAUCCCCGGUUUGGCCCCGCGGCAGCGCGCCAUCUGCCAGAGCCGGCCCGAUGCCAUCAUCGUGAUCGGGGAGGGGGCGCAGAUGGGCAUCAACGAGUGCCAGUACCAGUUCCGCUUCGGGCGCUGGAACUGCUCCGCCCUCGGGGAGAAGACGGUCUUCGGGCAGGAGCUCCGAGUAGGCUACUACAACCAGGCCGAGGGCUGGAAGUGGGGCGGCUGCUCGGCCGACGUGCGCUACGGCAUCGAUUUCUCCCGGCGCUUCGUGGACGCGCGCGAGAUCAAGAAGAACGCGCGGCGCCUCAUGAACCUGCACAACAACGAGGCGGGCAGGAAGGUCCUGGAGGAGCGCAUGAAGCUGGAGUGCAAGUGUCACGGCGUGUCGGGCUCCUGCACCACCAAGACCUGCUGGACCACGCUGCCCAAGUUCCGCGAGGUGGGCCACCUGCUCAAGGAGAAGUACAACGCGGCCGUGCAGGUGGAGGUGGUGCGCGCCAGCCGCCUGCGGCAGCCCACCUUCCUGCGCAUCAAGCAGCUGCGCAGCUACCAGAAGCCCAUGGAGACGGACCUGGUGUACAUCGAGAAGUCGCCCAACUACUGCGAGGAGGACGCGGCCACGGGCAGCGUGGGCACGCAGGGCGGCCGCGGCUACAACACGCACCAGUACACCCGGGUCUGGCAGUGCAACUGCAAGUUCCACUGGUGCUGCUUCGUCAAGUGCAACACGUGCAGCGAGCGCACCGAGGUCUUCACC